ACCCCCCAGGUCACUCUCAAGUCAUCUCUCUAUUCUCUUGUUUUCUUCUUCAUAAAAUCAACAAUAAUAAUAAUAUUCACUUUUAUCAAUAAUCACUUUAUUAAUAAUAAUAAUAAUCGCUAUUGCUUUUUCACCUUGUUUCUUACGCAACAAUGGCGAACAAUUUUCAUUACAUUUUACUAACACUAUUACUCUUCACCGUUACAGUAACAGUUUCAUCAAAAUCAAUGGAUGAUGUAAAACCUUCAAUCCCUCUCGUAUCAUUCCUCGAACGUCUUCAACAAACCGCAUUCAACACAUUCAAUAACCAUUCCAAUUUCGAUCCUAAAACCUACGUCGAUUUACCUCUCAAAUUCCCUCUCUCCGUUACCGAUCACGCUUUCCAGAAUCUUCCUAAAUCAUCCACCGGUUCAGUUUCGGUUCACGAUUUGAACCGGUUUAUUCAAACGUAUUUUGAAGGUGCAGGUGAUGAUUUGGUGUACUUUGAUCCAGAGGAUUUUGUUCCUGUGCCGAAAGAUUUUUUGCCUAAAGUGAAAAACCCUGAGGUUAGAGCUUGGGCGAUUAAGGUUCAUUCUCUUUGGAGAAAUUUGAGUAGGAAAGUUUCCAGUGAGGUGAAGACUCAUCCUGAGUUUCAUACUCUGCUUCCUGUUAUUGAUUCUGUUGUUAUUCCUGGUUCGCGGUUUCGGGAAGUUUAUUAUUGGGAUUCUUAUUGGGUAAUUAGGGGCUUGUUGGCUAGUAAAAUGUAUAAGACUGCUAAAGGUAUUGUCAACAAUCUCAUUUCCUUCAUUGAGGAAUAUGGGUUUGUUCUUAAUGGUGCUAGAGCAUACUACACUAAUAGGAGCCAGCCUCCUCUUUUAAGCGCUAUGAUUUAUGAGAUAUACCAUAGAACCGGUGAUGUGGAAUUAGUUAAAAGAUCUCUACCUGCACUACUAAAAGAGCAUGAGUUUUGGAACUCAGAUAUACAUAAAGUGACUGUUUCGGAUGCUCAAGGUUGCACUCACACCUUGAAUCGCUAUUACGCAAGGUGGAACAAACCCAGACCGGAGUCGUCCAUAAUGGACAAGGCAUCUGCUUCCAAGUUUACAUCUGUUUCUGAAAAACAACAAUUUUACCGUGAACUAGCAUCAGCAGCUGAAUCAGGAUGGGAUUUCAGCACAAGAUGGAUGAGACACCCUCCCAACUUCACAACAUUGUCUACAACGUCAGUGAUACCUGUUGAUUUAAAUGCAUUUAUACUCGGGAUGGAACUUAACAUUGCCUUCUUUGCAAAUGUUACUGGAGAUCAUAGCAUUGCCAAACACUUCCAGCAAAUUUCUGAUGUGAGAAAGGAGGCAAUUAACUCUGUUUUCUGGAAUGCAAACAUGAAACAAUGGCUUGAUUCCUGGCUCAGCAAUAAUACACAUGAGAAGGUUCAUAAUUGGGAUACUCUGCACCAGAAUCAAAAUGUAUUUGCUUCCAAUUUUGUUCCUUUGUGGAUGAAGCCAUUUUACUCAGAUGCUUCCCUUGUGGGUAAUGUUCUCAAAAGUCUCAAAACUUCUGGACUGCUUCGUGCUGCUGGAAUUGCAACUUCUCUGAGUGAUUCAGGACAGCAGUGGGAUUUUCCAAAUGGUUGGGCUCCACUUCAACACAUGUUAGUUGAAGGUCUGGUAAAAUCAGGGUUGGAAGAAGCAAGGUCAUUGGCUGAGGAAAUUGCCAUCAGAUGGAUCACUACCAACUAUAUUGUUUACAAGAAAACAGAUGUAAUGCACGAAAAGUUUGACGUGGAGCAUUGUGGAGAAUUCGGAGGUGGGGGGGAAUACGUACCUCAGACUGGUUUUGGCUGGUCGAAUGGAGUUGUGUUGGCAUUCUUGGAGGAGUUUGGAUGGCCUGAAGAUCGUAAAAUAGAAUGUUGAUGUGCUCUAAAAAAAUGAAAGGUACAAUAAGAAAACCUGUUAGUAAUUGUGUGAAAAGCUACGUGUUAAAGCUAAUAAAGCAGAGAUAAUGCAGAGCUUGAAUUCCAUAUCUAAUAUUUGAUUACACUGUUUAGAGAAUAUGGAAAGUGAUGGUUGGCAUCACAUAUCAAUACUUCAUAACAAAUUAUUGCAUUAGUGAAUCUAUUCCACCAAAGUGCUCCAUUGGUGGUAUUCUUCUCA